AUGAUCCGCAAAAACACUAAAACACACACACACACACACACACACACACACCGAGUUUAAUCUCCCAACUCAGUAAUACAGAGGAUUUUAAAGAUCCAGCCGCUUCCGGAUGAUACAGCUGUGAUUAAGGGGAUAAAAAUCACCAUCAGGACACUAAACGAGCUGCAGAUGGAGGAGGUCGGUGUCAGUGCUGCUGCAGUGCUGCCCGGAGCGCCUCAGCCCACUUUCUGUCGGACCUCCGCCUCCGAGCGCCGCAUGCGCAAGUCGGGUUCUGCCAACAUCUUCCAGGGGGUGAACCUGCGGCAGCUCAGGCGCCUCUUCCACUCUGCUGGGGAACCGGACGCCGAGCAGAAAGCCAGACAGGUGUGGAGGAACCGGAGAAGAACAGAAGGAAACGAGGAGGAUGGAGAUGGAGAUGAGGUCUCAGAUGAGGAGGAGGAUGAAGGGCUGGCACAGGCACUGGUGGGGCUCCGGGUGAGGACGAGGAACCGCAGUGGGAUCAGAGCAGAAACCAGCAGAGGGGUCCGAGCAAUCGGCCACAGCAGAGCGAACGAGCGGACGCCAUCGGAGGUCCCGGCCGAUGCCGAUGCCAAGUCAUGUGACCCAGCGAAAGAGGAAGAGAUGGGGACGACGUGGAGCCGGGACGAGAAAGAUCCGGAGCGCUACCUGCACCGAAUACGUCACUGACGCCGCAGCUCGCUAAGCUCAAACAACACCAAACGACACGAUGUAGCCGCAACACUAAACUCACCAUCAGGGAGCUAAAACGUGAACACUACGAUGGAGAGACACUACAGAGCUGCUGCUCACGUGUGUUUACUGCAAAACUACAUCACGCUGCUGCUGCUGCUGCAACAAAUAAAUAAUAAAAAAAAAAAAAAGAAUAACUAAAGAAGACCCGUUCGACACGCUGACGUUCACUACAAUUCCCAAAUCGUCACUGCAUUACGAUGUUACGCUUUCAAACACGUGCUGUUCGUCUCAUGCACACGUGAACGCGACAUCACUUAACAAACUAUGGAACAUGAACUGAAAAAGAAUCCCAAAUCAGAUGCUGGUCCAAAUUCACCUAGAGGUUAAAAUGCUGCUCAAACAAUAUUAAGACAAGGAAAAAAUAAAAGAGUAGAAAGAAAAACAACAUGGUUUCAGCACUUCGGUGCUUGGACCCCUAACAACCUGGAAACAACUUCUACCUCGUUACACCACAUCUGUCAAAUUUCUUUUUAAUCAGUUACUCUGUUUAAAUGAAUCAUCAAUGAAACACAGUGACUUUUUGAUCGCAAACGUCCAUAUUUUGAAUCUUGACACAGCAAAAGGAAAAAUAACCGAUAAUUUACAAUCUGUCUUCGACACAGAACCCUAUUGAAGCGCGUCUGGUAAUUUUUUUACCUCAGGAUAUGUCGUAUUUGGAAAGAAAAACGUGUUUGGGUUCCAUAUCGUGCCAUUACGAUCAUCAUUAUUAAAAUAACGGGUUGCCCAAGAAUCUUUUUUUAAUCCUGCAGCGUCACUCUAAAACGUCUCCUCGGAUCACCUGGUCGUACUUGAGUUUCACGUCGUCGUCUUCUGUAGCAAUAGAGUUAGCAACGUGUGCUCCAGCGUUCAGGACAUUUUGUUGAUGAUGAUGAUGAAGAAUAUGCAUUGAAGAGUAAAUCACUCGUUCUUCCACAUUACGGUGUUUUAUCACCGAGAACGGUUAAUACGCUCUGACGCCGACGAUGUUGAGUAGUGUAGCAUAGAGAAAUAAAAAUUAGCUUCCCUCUAGGUUUUUUGCUCCGUUGUAGACUGAAAUUGUAAUAUAUUAACAUCACUCUAAUAGGAAAUGUAGCUGCGGUGUUAUCCGGGUUCUUCAGGAGGUUGAGGGUUGUGUCAGUUCCUGAGAACAAGAACUCUUUCAGGACGCGAAGAAUUACAAUAUGCCCAUUUUUUGGAGUAUUUACAGUAGCCAGAUUAGUUUGUUUUAAUUUAAUGGGGUUUCAUCAAGAAUCAUCAUUUUGCCACCAGUGGAUUAUGGGUAAUCCUCAAGGCUACGUCAUUAGUCCACUCUUGUUUUAGACCGCUAUAAUAAUUUAAGCCAGUGUAGCAAACUGUAUUAACGACAACACUAAGAGGACAAAAACUAAACUACACUACAGCACCAUGGGACACAAAGCGACACUUCACUAUCGACUCCACCGUGUGAUUUUUACCGAAGAAUCUGGAAAAUAUGGUGUACAUCUGAUAUUAGAGUCUAAAGGAUUGUUAGAAAAGUGUUUUAUAUGGAUCCAGUGUUUAAAAUCUUACAGUAAUAUAAACACAGCACUCUAGUGUGUUAUCACUAAAGUUCUUCACUUCUUUGCUGUUUUUUAUAUGUAUUUGUACUCUAUAGCUCCACUAUGUAUGGUAUUAUUUUGUUGUAUUUUUGUGCCACGUUGUGAUUAAUGUGCAAUUAAAAACCAAACAAAAAGCCAAACAAAAAUCAAGCUUCUGGGAACCAUUUACUGUUUCGGUUACAGCGUAUAUUUUCUGGCUAAAUUACAUUACAUACAAAUUUAUACAGUGCAUCAUAAAUCGCCAUGACAUUGUUAGGGUCAGUUUCUUUGAAUCAUUGAAGAAAACAUAAUGUUAAU